AUGUACGCGUGUGAUAAGAACGAGAGGGUGAAUUUGUGGAGGGUCGGUGCGUUGAAAAGGUGCCUGGUGUACGACGUGUCACGGAGCGAGGUGCCAUCAGGGAACGUUGGUUCAUCUAGGAAGGCGACCCUUCACAACGCUUGGUUAAUGGCGCACCGAAAUCAACUUCCGAAGAAAACGCACGAAUUACGAAGAAUCCGCCGUGAAUCUUUUCAACUUUUCGAGGCCAACAUUGGCGAAAGAAUUUUUCAAGAACAUCGUUAUCGAUCUAUCGUUGACUGGGCUCCUAAUUCGGCCGUAUUAGAUCGGACAACUAUCUGGCAACAAGAAACAAGAAGAAAAGGCAAGACGUACUUACAUUCUUUGUGGCUGGCAACAAUGGGAAACAAGCCGAGCUACUUCCUUCCUUCCUCGGGUCUUAUCGGGCUCUUUGCCCGUUCAAAACAGACCUACACGCUCCACGAUUUCUGGUAUUUUACUCGAUGCUCAGGAUUGAUCGAUCUCGACCUGAAACUGGAAUACGGCCGAAAUUAUUCUCCGGAUUGCCGAUCAUUGUUCGUUCGUCUAUAUUCCCUUGGCGCUAUGAACACGUCGAUUAUGAUAAAAUAUAGCCGGAAGGAUUAAUUAUCACGCGCGCUCGACAAAAUUUCCAGGAUUUCGUUGCGAAACGAGCAUACACGAUCGACUCGUUCCAUCUAAAACUGGCGUUGGA